AUGGAGGCGUCAAACAUGAGAAAGAAAACCAAAGGUCGUCAAAAGAUUGACAUCAAGAAACUUGAGAAAAAAAGCAGUCUUGAAGUCACAUUCUCCAAGCGAAAAAAAGGGAUUUUCAACAAAGCCAGUGAGCUUUCUUUAUUAUGUGAUGCUCAAAUUGCCAUUAUCAUGAUGUCUCCACAUAACAGGCCUUUCAGCUAUGGCCAUCCUAGUGUUGAAGCACUUCUUGAUCGUUUUCUCUCCGGAAACAAUGACCCAUUGGAGUUUUCCACCAACAACCAAGCUUUUGACAUGAUUAAACAUGGCAUUGAGAGGCUGCAAAGGCAGUUGGAAGAGGAAGAAAGGAUCGCCAAGGAAACGAAACAUCGAAACGAAAACAAUCAGCAUGAUUGGUGGGAACAGCCUACUGAUAAUAUGGGGUUAGAGGAGCUUGAGCAAUUUGUCAAGUCAUUGGAACAACUAAGAAGUAAUGUAGCAGAUAGAGUCAAAAGAGAGGCUAAUAAUGAGCAGCUUUCAAUUGUUGCUAAGACUGAAGAAGAUCUUCAUGAGGCAUGUGCUGCUAACCAGUUAACAGAUCACAACUUUGCCAGAGAUAUAGAACCUCUAGAUUUUUUCCUUGAUGAUGUCAACUUCUUUGACAAUGUGGAUAUAAGAGGGUUGAUCUGA